CCGGCCCUGAGAGGCGAUAUAAAGCGUCGCGCCUCUCCCAGUCGCUUCGCCUGCAACGUCCACGGAUCUUAGCUCUGGUGGCGGCCGUCGCUCUCCCGCGCUCUCCGUGGAGCCCUGCGUCCUGACCAGUCUAUGGUGUUUCCUGGAGCUCCCAGCACCGUCAUGUCGCGCUCGGAAGAGGUGCACAGGGUCACCGAGAAUGUCUACAAGACAAUCAUGGAACAAUUUAAUCCCAGCCUCCGGAACUUCAUAUCCAUGGGAAAGAACUAUGAAAAGGCCUUAGCAGGUGUGACAUAUGCUGCAAAAGGAUAUUUUGAUGCUCUGGUUAAAAUGGGAGAAUUGGCCAGUGAAAGUCAAGGAUCUAAAGAAUUAGGGGAUGUUCUGUUCCAGAUGGCUGAAGUCCAUAGACAGAUUCAAAAUCAGUUAGAAGAGAUGCUGAAGUCCUUCCACAAUGAACUACUAACACAACUUGAGCAGAAAGUAGAGCUAGAUUCACGGUAUCUAAGUGCUGCACUAAAGAAGUACCAGACCGAGCAAAGGAAUAAAGGGGACGGAGUAGAGAAAUGCCAGGGUGAAUUAAAGAAGCUUCGGAAGAAGAGCCAAGGAAGCAAAAAUCCUCAGAAGUAUUCAGAAAAGGAGUUGCAGUUUAUUGAAGCAAUGACCAAUAAACAAAGUGAGCUGGAAAACUAUGUAUCUGAUGGUUACAAGAUGGCACUCACAGAAGAGAGGCGUCGAUUUUGUUUCCUGGUGGAGAAGCAGUGUGCAGUGGCCAAAAAUGCUCUUACGUACCACUCCAAGGGAAAAGAUAUCUUGGCACAGAAGCUCCCAUUAUGGCAACAAUCUUGUUCGGAUCCCAACAAGAUCCCAGACCGUGCUCUCCAGCUUAUGCAGCAGAUGGCCCUCAGCAGCAAUGGCUCAAUUAUGGCUACACCUCUGUCAACAUCCAAGUCAAAUCUCAUCAUCUCAGACCCUAUACCUGGUGCCAAACCUCUCCCAGUCCCUCCUGAGCUGGCACCUUUUGUAGGACGAAUGUCUGCACAAGAGACCAUUCCAGUAAUGAAUGGCGUCUCUGGCUCAGAAGGUGAAGAUUACAGCCAUUGGUCUGACCGAAAGCCUCCUCAGCCGAAGUCCUUAUCCCCACCACAAACUCAGAAGCAAUUGAGUGACUCUUACUCCAAUACUCUCCCUGUGCGUAAAAGCGUAAUGCCGAAAAACAGCUAUGCAGCCACUGAAAACAAGACACUUCCCCGUUCCAGCUCCAUGGCGGCAGGACUAGAAAAGAAUGGCCGAACAAGGGUGCGAGCCAUUUUCUCUCAUGCCGCUGGGGAUAACAGCACCCUUUUGAGCUUCAAGGAGGGAGACCUUAUUACGUUGCUAGUGCCUGAGGCCCGAGAUGGCUGGCAUUAUGGAGAGAGUGAAAAGACCAAAUUGAGAGGCUGGUUUCCUUUCUCCUACACACGUGUGUUGGACAGUGAUGGGAGUGAUAGAUUACAUAUGAGCCAGGGGAAAAGCAGUAGUACAGGCAACCUGUUGGACAAAGAUGAUAUCCCCCCUCCCGACUACAGCAUGUCCUCCCGAACUUUCCAGACACCAAAUGUCAGCACCUUCAAACAGAGGCCGUACAGCGUGGCGGCGCCAGCAUUCCCCCAGGGACUGGAUGACUAUGGGGCAAGACCCUCAAGCAGCCCGGAUGUUGAAGUGGCCAGGUUUUGAGAUGUAUCCCUGACUGUGUAUACAGUAGUUGAAUCCUUUUGCCAACGUCCAGCUCAAACCAACGGUGACAAAUGAUCGUUCAGCUCCUCUCAUCAGCUGAUCCAGAAAUGUUGGGUUACGGCGGGUACCUUGCACCUUUUGAUUUCACCUUUCACCUGUGUUGUAUUUCUGUGGGGUCCUUGUACAGUUUACAUGUCUUUGUCUCCAACUCUGCUUUUGGUAGUUAAAUGGCAUUUAAGUGGCAUGCAGGUGUGCUUUUUCCUUUUGCUCAUUAGAAAUAGAAGAGAAACUUGACCCUUGGAGAACAAUGGGUUUUGAAAGGGAUGCUACGCUGCUAUAUUGGGUGGAGACCUAGAUAGCAGGCCCUGCCUUCUUUGCUUUUGCAGCUAUAUGCAACACUCAUAAACGUUUUUAAGAAUAGCCACGGAGAUAGAUGAACCUUGCAGUUUUUCAGUCUCCUAUGUUUGUCAGUUAAAAUUUCUCCUGGAAAUCCUUUUUCAUCUUUUAUCAAAACCUAUGGAUUUGAACAGGACUUCAGAGCUGUCAAGGGAAGCUUUGGGGCUACCUAAGGCCAUCCGAUGAAAUGCACGUCCCGAGUUCUGCUCACUCAACAUUUGGAACUGACAUGGACUUGAAUCUUCCGAAGCGCUUCCUGGUAGCUCCCUCCUUACUUUGCGUUGGACUUUUGCUGGAUAAAAGUAAAAGUUUUACUGAAUCAAUGUUUAGAAGAGCUGGGCUCCUCAAAGCAAUUGUCUCAAUUUGACACUUUAAUUUUUAUUAAUGGUCUUUUCUCUCCUAAUGGUCCUACAUCUAUCCUGCUUGUCUGUGAUGAUCCUUAAGCGGCAAGGCCCAUUGAUGGCCAAGUUAUUGUGCAAACCUUUUCCAGCAUAUUAGGAUGGUUGGGGAAUGUUAUGCAGGAAAGGAAUAUUUUCUGUGUGCAACUAGCACCAUCUGUUGCUUGAUCAUUUGUUUCAUUUCUCUAUGGCUUUAAAUAGACCAAGGAGGGACCAUUAAAAAGCUAGUUUAGUCCUACAAUGCCCAAACUCCCCUUGCUGUGUCUUCUUACUGACACAUCUUGACUGGUGCAGGUGUGUCUUCUGCUGCCAAAAUAAGUUAGUUUAGACAGCCUGACCUCUGCCUUAGUAUUGGGUCCAUGCUGUUUGAAAGAUCCUUUGUUCUAUAACUAAGCGGAUACUGUAUUCCUGGUUUUUUGUUUCUUUUGUUUUAUUUUUUUUAAAGAUGCACUUGCCUUCUAAAGUAGAUGUUAAUUCAGUCACAAAUAAGCUUUUUUUUCUUACUUCUGUCCUAUUGGCUCUCAAAGUCUGGUAAGAUGUAACAAAGACAGAUCAGCUGGCUCCUUGUAUUUAUGUAAUCCAAAAUUAGCAAGUAGUUCUAGGAAACAAUAGUUAUCACAAUGGAACUGGACUUCCCCACCAUUUGGAGUGCUCUUACUGUUUGAAUUCCAAUUAUAGCGCCAGAGUCUGGCAAAACCCACUUCCUAAAAUACAUUUGACUUCAAAUAUGGAGUGAUAGAGGCAAAUUAGCAGUCAAUUUUUAAGAGCUGUGUUCAGUUUCUAUGCCAUUUACCCAUUCUUCCUUUUAAAUUCUUAUUGAACAAACCCUAAUGAAUUAUGCUGGAUGCAAACCUCUGCCUUAUUCUACAUAAUAGUAACCCCCAGCUGACUAUACAAAAUCUAUAUCGAGCUGCUGCUUUUUGUUCCCAGAAAGAAAUGAUAAUAAUGGUAUUUUUUCCUCUAAAAGUGGCAAAGCUUUUGGUGUGAACUUUGGCCAAAUAUUAAACAGCCACCCUCAUCUGAUCCUUUGUGCAACCUGAAGUCAUUUGCAUCUGCUUUGUUUUUUCCCCAAUGGCUUUAAAAAGCAGUCACAGCUGCCUCGAAUAUAAAUUUACCAAUCUUAUCAUUAAAAUCAUUCAAGUUCAAAUGUGAUCAUAGUUUCUGUGCUCUCUGUUCUCAAUUUCUAAAAAACAUCGACUGGUUUCUGUGAUACACUUAAGCCCAGAAUUGUAUUGUCUGGCUUAAUGUGUUGAGUGAACCCAAUCAUUGUAGUUUAUUCAAUAAAUCCAAGUUAAACUGUGGCUUAGCAUGCUAUGUAGAUCCUGUUUAAGUCUCCCAUGAAAACUUGGAGAUUUUCUGUUAGUGAGCAUUUCCAUCACGACCUGUAUAUUUCCCCGUGGCUUAUGAUGCACAGAUAUAAAUAUCUCAAAAUCUAUAUUUUUAUAUAAAGAAAUUUAGCUAAAAACUAGUUACAGAAAAUCUCUAACUCUGAUAGUUCAGAUAAGGCCACAAUCCUAUGGAAAAUUAUUUAAAAGAUGAAGCUCACUGGCCUUGUUUUUGAUCACAUGUGCUACAAUUGCUUUUUUUUUAUUAUUGCAUCUUUCUUCUAUUACAGUUCUUUCUUGAAAAUCAUUUUUCCAGUUGUUUACUCAUUUACUUUGUGGUCUCUGUUCUCAUAAAUAUAAUGAAGAUUCUCAGCCACACUGUACUGCUUUGAAAAAUUGUUGUGUAUGUGUUGUGUAUGCAUUUUUAAAAAGUCAAACUUUGCCAAAUUAUUAUUUUUUUCUUUAAGGAGGAAGAUUGAUUUUUAGCUCCUUUCUUUGCUCCUCUCUCAGACCAGUUCCUUUCUUACGUAGUAUUUUCAGCAGUGCACCCUUUGCUCUGGAAUUAUUUAGAUCUGUUUUUCUCACGCGUGGCAAGUUGAAAUCCACACAUCUUAAAAGUGACUAAGGCUGAGAAACUAGAUGAUUCGAGGCAAAUAGGAACUCUAGCUUGCCAAACGGAGCUGAGGGGUGGCAGGGCUUUCAGCUCCUUGACGGAAUGAGAGACAAAAGAUACAAAGAUUUCCAAACAAACAUUGGCUCUUGCAAGAUGGACUAUCCAGUAGAAUCAGAAAGUAGAACAGGGCUAGCUGAGGCUCAGAUUACCUCAGGGUGUUUUUUUUAGGGCCUAAUGCUAUAUGAAAAUGGGAUGGUUUGUGGGAACAUCUUACAUAGGAGAUGCCAGAAAAUGGAGCCUGGUAUUGCCUUUUUUCUUUCAUUCAAAGGUAGGAUGAAGACUUGCAAUAACAAUGAGGGAGAGGGUCCACCUGCAAAUGUUUUUCCGAGGGAAGGUUGAUCAGUCACUUUUAAAAUUCAUGAUUUUUGAUACCCUUCUCCCCACCCUAAUUGGUACAUCUUCCUAUUUGAACUAUUUAAAUAAUUUUUCUUAAACAGAUCCAGGAGCAUGAAAUAAAUGGGAAAUUGUUACUGUACUAUAUGUAAGAGUUGGCAAAGCAUUAACAUAGCUGAGGAUGCAUCUGAGCAAUUCAACUGAAUUAUGUGGCUGAGAGUUUUGGAAAUUGUAAUCCCAGUGCUAGAGGGAAGCGUCAGGUUGGGAAAGUUGCUUUAGAUAGUGUUACUUGAUCAGUUUAUGCUCUUCAAGAAUCUCUUUGUUAGGACUUGAAGAUUAAAAGAGGUUUCUCCUGGGCAGUGGUGGUCUUCUGGUGUGUUUGUGCUGCCUGUACUUCAUUUCUAGGGUAAUUAACUUUCCCAGAUGAACAAUGUUAUAAGACCCUCGUGCCUUCAUGUUGAUCAUGUGAAAUUAAGGUUUGAAAUAAUCCAUGUAUAACUCUUAAUUCCUGAUGCAGGGUGAUAAGGGUAUGGCGUAUACCUUCCAUUAAAAUUGGAAUUGGGGUUGGGUGGCUUAUCAAUUCAAAUAAAGAAAUUAAAAAAAAUUA